AGAUGGGGGUGGAGCAAGUACGGUAAAUCCUUGUGUGAAAGUGAAAGUUUCCUCAAUUUUUGUGUAUAAAUACCUGCACCUGAUACCUGCACAUCACACCUGUGCACAACUGUCUGAUGAUCUUUUGGAGACCAAACACAAAGACAAGAAUGCAGACCGCAACAGUAAUUCUCCUGAUCAUUGCUGCAGUCCUCUGGGGCAACACAGAAGCUUUUUCAGACGAAGCUGUGGACUGCUGUCUGACCACUAAAGACACUCGCAUUCCGAUGCAGAUAGUUGCAUCCUACUUUCACCAAACCACAGAGAGUGGUUGUGCUAUUGCAGCUACUGUAUUCAUCACCAAAAAGGACAAAAAACUGUGCGCUCCACCAGAGAAGAAUACCUGGAUUACUAAGAUCAUCACUCACUUAGACAAGAAGAAAAAAACUCCCCAGUAGUAACACAGAUGGGAGGUGAACAUGGUGGCCCUGCACUGAGCAACACUGGACAGACAGGAAGUGACUACACUUAAUUAUUAACUGCCACAGUGAUUUUUUUAAAAAGACAUUUACAAAGCGUUUCGGAAAUCAUGUGAGGAAUGCAUGGUGGUCCAACUUUGUAAAUGAUUUAAGGCGAAUAUGCUAUUUUUUUAUAUCUGACUGUGUUGUUAUACUGUAGCAAUUAUGAGUGCGAUACAUUUGCAUGAAUUAUCCUGUAAGCUGUGUCUGUAUUUUUAGGACUGCUAUUAAUGUAUGUAGCAUGCUUUCUGUGACUGGAUUUUUUUUUAAAGAAUGAUUUGUAAAUAAAUAUUU